UGACAAUUUUGAUAGGUUAAACGUCACAUCCUAACGCUUUUUAAAAGUUUUUGAAAGAAAAAAGUGUAAUACACUCAUUUGUUCAUUUUUCCUUCAUUAUACAACAUUUCUAAUGCAAAAUGAAAAACGUGAUUUUAAGAAAAAUUAUAGUACAACGGUUUUUUCGAACCAAGUCGACGUUAUCAAGAUUUGACGUUCUUGAAGAAACCACUAAAAACCACGAAAAGAAGGAAUUGCAGAAGUUAAACAUAAUUCAAAAAGAGAAGCUAAUAAAACCAGGACCUUCUUUAAAGGAGUUCAUUCAAAAAGAAAAUAAUGUUACAUUACAUAGUGCUUUAAAAAGUGACCCAGUUCCAUACUUGGACAGGAAUAGCAACUAUGGAUUAAAAAGAAAAGUCUAUUUUGAAGUAUAUGGUUGUCAAAUGAAUGUGAAUGAUACCGAAAUUGUUUGGUCCAUUUUGAAAGACAAUGGUUUUCUAAAAACAGAAAAUUUGUUAGAAGCUGAUAUAGUUUUACUCAUCACUUGUGCCAUUAGAGACAGUGCAGAAGUUAAAAUAUGGAAAAGACUAGAAUAUCUAAAAAGUUUGAAAAAAAAGAAAAGUCUCAUUGAGUACAAGCCAUUUUUAAAAGUUGGCGUACUAGGAUGUAUGGCAGAAAGAUUGAAGACAAAGUUACUUGAAAAAGACAAACUGGUAGACAUAGUAGCUGGACCUGAUAGUUAUAGAGAUCUGCCACGUUUGUUGGCUCUAACUGAAAACAAUCAAACUGCUGUAAAUAUAUUACUAUCCUUAGAAGAGACUUAUGCAGAUGUUACCCCUAUUAGAUUAAAUCAGGAUUCUGUUUCAGCCUUUGUCUCAAUAAUGAGGGGAUGUGACAACAUGUGCACUUACUACAGAUCAUCUCAGAUUAAGGACGUGGAGGAAGCAUGA